AACACCGAUUGUCGUGUCAGGAACGCGGUGUAUGUUGAAUAAAAACGGUUCGUGCCGGGUGUAUCGCGGUAGUUAGGCAUACCGACGCACGAGCCGGACACAUUGAUGGUGAUGGUGGUGGUGGUGGUGGUGGUCGGUGGAGAUCGAUCCUUAGUGGUAGUGGCAUAACUAUGGGCAGCCAUGCGGAAUCUUAGGAGAAACGACUUCCAGGUUUAACGUAUUUCGAAUGAUCUUGCUGAUAGAUCGAUCGGUUUGCGGUGAAUAAGAAAAAGAAAAAAGACUCGAAACUGUUGGUACUUAGGGAGACAACGUUUUCUCGAUUUGCACCGACGACAUGUACGAACCAUUGGAAAUUCCUCUAGUAACGUCGAUACGACCUAAUGGAUUUUCUGUCGGCUACCAUUAGCGAUACUGUCGUGCGAGUAUCCAAGAACGAGCAAAAACAUUCGUGACACUACGUGGCCGGUCGCGGAAUCGAAACAGAACUCGAAGGAUUCUGGCAUAACAACGCCGUUUUUACCGAUUACUUGCUAUGCCACCCAACCGAAGAGGUAGAUACAAGACUGCACAUGGAUUCUCCGUCUUCGAUGCACUUCCGAGGACGGUAAAAGCCCGGAGGUUGGCGAGAACAGGGGAGCAAUUUGCGUAAUUGCGAUACCUCGCGAAUUUUACCUCAGGCGUGACUCUUCGCGACUCUCUUAGCUUCUUGGCUGGGCUUUCAAAAAACAUUACGGGCGAAAAUAUCACUUUGAUCAAUGGGGAUCUAAACGAUCUCUGCAUUCCACAAUCCAAGAUCCUCUUUACUCUUUCGUAAGUGCAAUCUUGAACAUGGUAUGCAACUAUUUGUAGGAUAACUAAGUCUUACAUUUCAAUGGAUAGUCGUCUUUCUCGACAAACCAGCAACGAUGGAUGCACUGAAUAAGGGGCACUUAAAUGCGUUUCAUACGUUAUACGCGAUUCGCCAUGGAUAGAUAUUUGCAUCGUUUGAUUUCCCUUGAAGAAAUUUAAUAGAUCGAUCCUCCCGUCUGUCUAGUAUCUUUUAUCGCUUCACGCUUGGGUGAUUAUAAAAUCAUAAUAAAUUCUCGUAAAACAUCUUCAACUAUUCGUGGACAUUAUCGAUAUGUCUUAUCCUAUAGUAAAUUACUCCAUUGGUAGCCACGAUAAAUUAUGAAAUUUAUUUGGCUUGCGAUCAUUCAUCAAUCAACUAAGGAGGAGAUGUACUUAUAAAAGAGAAAGAAAAAAGAGAAGAAAAAAAAAAACAAAAACGAUAAGAUUAUGAGAGGCAUCCAAAAUAAUCGCGUACGCAGGAUUCUUCGGUGAAGCAUCGAAGAAGGAUAGAAGUCGAGUACACGCGCCAGGUACUUACACGUAUUUGCGUAUAAACGAAGAAGAGAAAAAGACGAUGACACGAUGGAGAAGAAGAAGAAGAAGAAGAAGAAGAAGAAGAAGAAGAAGAUGAAUAAGACGAAGAAGAAGAAGAAGAAGAAGAAGAUGAGGAUGCGUCGCGGGCGCGGCUCUUCGCGUGGCGCGUCGCUCUCGUCGUUAUAUGCACAUGUAUGCGUUCGCUGAGAUACGUGUGUAUGUGCGUAUCCAUACGUGAACCCGAGAUAUGCGAGAUCAGCAAAUCUAAGAUCGUGCAACUGGUGUCCAGUGGCGUGUCCAAGGCAUACGUUGGCCAACGUUCGCUACUAAGAGAGAAAGAGAGAGAGAGAGAGAGAGAGAGAGAGAGAGAGAGAGAGAGAGAGAGAGAGAGAGAGAGAGAGAGAGAGAGAGAGACACUUAUGUGGAUGGGAACGAAGAGUGAAGGAUGAAGGGGCCGAAGAAGAAGAAGAAGAAAAAGAAGAAGAAGCUGAGCCAGAGGCGAAGGAGAAGGGAGGUGGAAUGCGCGGGUUCUCGAAGGAGGAGCUGUCGGCGGUGAAAAAUCACGCACCCCGCUACCACUGCCAUGGCCACAGCAUCUGCUCUACAUACCCUGGCUCUCAACCUACCUCUUCUUCUUCUUCUCCUUCUUCUUCUUCUUCUUCUUCUCCUUCUUCUUCUUCUUCUUCUUCUUCUUCUUCUUCUGCUUUUUCUUAAACUUUUAUUUGAAGCAUACCGUGAGAAGAGACACGACAUCGUCAGUGGUACCCGCAUCUCGACUAUAACUCUCUCUCUCUCUCUCUCUUUCUCUCUCUUUCUUUUUCUCUUUCUCUCCCUUCCUCUCUCCCUCUCUACUUCUUUUUCUCCCACCGAGUAUUACCGAUAUUACCUCUCCUGCUAUAAGAAGGGAAAACGACGAAACGAGAACGAACGCUCUUUCAGAUAGCUUCCAUGAUCCUUCAACGAUCACCCUAGCCUCUCGUAAGCCCGUUAAUGGAUGUGACCAUGAUAAAAAUGCGAUAUUCCCUGACAGGUUCCUUUAAUUGGACGUUAUCCUCUUAUCUUUUAUCCCCGUUUACCGCUUCCACUAACUCGAUGACCAAUGUACUUUGCGACACAGGGUAUAAAAAUAUUUUUUUUGUUUUGUUUUUUUUUUUUUUGUUUUUUUUCCGUUAGAAGAACGAUAUAACAAUGAGGUAAAACCAUCAAUGAGAACCUCGAAGAAUCAGAGUGCGGUGUAGCAGAGCAAGAUAUACGUGUGCUGGCUGAGCUACCGGUCGGUCGGGUCGGGUCGCUGUUCUCCUGUGUUUCAUCUCUCCCUUUUGCUCUCUUUUCCUGUCCCUUCCCUUCCCCCCUCUCGUCCUCUUCUUUUCUCUCUCCUCUUCCCUCUCCCCCUCUCCCCAUCUCCCCAUCUCCCCAUCUACUCCCCACCCCUCUCCUUCUAUCUUUCGACGGCCGCUACUACUCCCAAGAGUCGUCGUUGGACCGUUUUAUUACUUUUAUAAAUGCCGCCGAGGCGUACCGCUGCCACCAUCGCGGGCGUUUCCUUUGUUGCUGUAUUACGGUCCAUUGUUGACCAGCGAAAAGAUGCGAACUUUCAUUUGAUAUUGUCUAAUAUUAUUUAUAUAUGCAUGCGGCCACGCGGGAGAUCGUUCGCGAAAGCGUUGUUCCACCUUCUUACCGUACGUCUGAAUAAGAAAUCUGACGAUAAGAGAGCCGACGACUUAACUCGGAUCUCGAAACAUCCUUACUUGCCAUCUCCUUAAAGUCCAACUUAUGAUUUUGCUGAAUGCGAUAUCAUCGUAGUCGAUAAUAUCGCUAUCUGUUUUAUCUAAUCGAUUAUUUCUUCUUUUCUUCUUUUUUUUUUUUAUCUGCUAUUGCUUGUACAAUUUGAUUAAAUCUAAAUCUUAGUGUUUUAAGUGAAACCAAUUAUAAGUUUUAGAUAAUAAUAUCUAGGAGUUUCUCUCUUUCUCUCUUUUUCUUUCUUUCUGUCUCUUUAUCUCUCUCUCUCUCUCUCUCUUUCUCUCUCUCUCUCUCUUUCUCUCUCUUUUUCUAUCUUUCAAGAGACGAUCAUAGAGAUGAUCUCGUUCUUCAUCGUCCUUGAACGUGUUCAUUGCACCGUGUAGAUGCAACCUUUUGUCGUGCAUAAGCACAAAACGGUUUACAGGAGUUGCGUACUUAGGUACAUAGUACAUUUCUCCCCCCUUCGUUGUCGAGGACUUGCGCUCUAGUAGCUCAGCCUACCUGGAAAUCAAUAUCAGCCGACAUCCAGGUCCGCUUCUAACUGCAGCGACAACAUAAUGCGCAACAGUUGCGUCUCAAUAAGGAAAGAAGGAGAGAUGGUUGAGGUAGAAAUCCAUUGAGCCGUCGUACAUUUGACCGAUAACGACUAAAAAGUAUAGUCCAGUGUUAUUCUUUCUCUUUCUUUUUCUCUCUCUCUCUCUCUCUCUCCCUCUUUCUCUUUCUGUCUUUCUUUCUCGCUCUCUCUCUCUCUCUCUCUCUCUCUCUCUCUCUCUCUCUCUCUCUCUCUCUCUCUCUCUCUCUCUCUCUUUCUCUGUUGUGUAUUUACGAACGAUCGACAAUGUGAUCAAAAAAUGAAAAAAAAAUUCGAAGAGAAAUGAUCAUUGACAAAUUCAUUAACCUCGAGUGAUCAAACGCAAACGGAUAUCAUUAUGAAAUGGUGCAAAUUAUGUCGCAUAUUGUACCGUUUUGAAUAAUGUAAAAUGGAAUUGUUUAUUAAUGGUGGAACGAUAUAUCCGUCGAAGAUAAAUUUUUAACAUUUCGUCAGGAUGACGGAGAAACGUUUAUCAUUGGGCAUCAAUGUUAGUAUCCUUCUGAUUCUCACGAUAUUCGGUAUUUUAUUGUCUCUACCGUUAAAAUUACUCUUGAAUACGAAUUACGAUGCUCAAAAUCAUCAAAACGAGAGUGAAAACGAUACCGGUAUAUUGUCGGCUGAGGCGAAGAACAAGGAGAUAUUAGAAUCAUUGAUCGAUUAUCGAAAAUUAAAACGGUGCAGAAGACAUCGUUACGAGAAUCAGAUAAGAUCGAUCUUUUACAGCGAUUACGAUCAGAAUUGUACGUACGUAAAAGUUCUAACGAAAGUGGAAGAAGAAGAAACGACGAAUGAUUCGUUUGAGCCGAUCAACGAGGUGUUAUUAAAGGUGAAUAAGAAAGUGGAAGAGAAGGAGAAGGAAGAUAAGAUUGUGGAGAAAGAACAGGUGGAGAACGGUGAAGAAGAAGAGUUACAGGAAUCGAAGGAAAUCGUCGUUGCAGGGCAUAUACUCGUGACGAUGCUUCUCGUUUCAGCGAUCGCAGCUUUGGUCGAAGUACUUCGGAUUAGAUUCUCUAAAGACAAGAAUAAGGAUACUUCGUCGAGAGGUAACGUCGUAUCAAGAAAAAGCUCCACCAUUGAUCUUCCGAUUCAAAGGCGCUUCUUUCCAAGAGAACCAAUGAAGAGUCAAAGAUCGUUCGAAUUGUUAGGAAUGCAUCGAUCUUCUUUGCGUCUCUUGGGUGAGCGACCGGCCCCGCUUAUUCGACGUUCUUCCUUUCCAACGCAACAGGCUAACAAUAAACGAUCGGUUCCAUCGGCCACUGGCACGCCAAAUAUACGAAUGUCACGACGUCAAUCGGCUGAGUCCGAGGAAGAAAUCGGAGUACUUAUCACCGCUCUUCAUCAUCGUACACGUUUGAUCCGUCGCCAUUAAGGUCUUUUAUGCACGACGCACAACGAUCAUAUCCAGGACCGUUUAUCAAAUCCAAACUGUAUACAUAAAUAUAUAUAUGUAUAUACAAUAUAUAUAUAUGUGUAUAUAUAUAUAUAUAUAUAUAUAUAUUUAUACGUUUUGAACAUU